AUGGCGGCGUGGGGAAGGAGGCGCGUGGCCGGCGGCAAACACAGCCGGCGGCGGCUCGGGAGAGGUGAGGGGCGGCGGGGACGGGGCGAGGGCAGGCGGGGGGAUCGGGGCCGCGACCGCCCGCUGCUCCCCGCGCCGCCGCGGCGAGGGGCGGGCGCCGCGAACGGGAGCGCGGCCGGCAGGGCGGGCGCGGGACGCGGCCCCGCAGGGGCGGAGGGGCCGGGGGCGCCCGCGGGGCCGGGGCUGGAGGGGCGGCCGCGGCGGGGAAGGUCAGAGCCGCGAAGGCGGCGGCGCCUGCUCGUGGCGGGAUGCGGCCCCGGGAGCCCGGGAGGAAGGAGGGCCGGCCGCGGGAGCUCCUCCGUCCACGCUAUUUUUAAAAGCGGGAGGGAGUGCGGCGAGUCCUCGCAGGUGACUCCUUUCUGCGGGGCCCCGGCGGGCGCGGGGCCUCUUCAAAAAGCUGCUGGUUGUGGAACACAGGCAGUGCCUGACCUUGAGGGGCUGCCCUCACUUGGGGCACUUCUCUGCUGCUCUCACAGCCAGGUGGGUGAACAGUCCAUCCUUAGGCUCUGUCGUUUUAAUUCCGAGUUUCCCGUUAACAGGGUCACCUUGUCCUCCACGGACUGUUACAUUGUGCACGAGAUCUACAACGGGGAGAAUGCUCAGGACCAGUUUGAGUAUGAGCUGGAGCAGGCCCUGGAAGCGCAGUACAAGUACAUCGUGAUCGAGCCCACGCGCAUCGGGGACGAGACGGCCCGAUGGAUCACCGUCGGGAACUGCCUGCACAAGACGGCCGUGCUGGCGGGCACCACCUGCCUCUUCACCCCCCUGGCACUUCCAGUAGAUUAUUCUCACUACAUCUCCCUGCCCGCUGGAGUGCUGAGCGUGGCCUGCUGCACCCUCUACGGGAUCUCGUGGCAGUUUGAUCCCUGCUGCAAGUACCAAGUCGAGUACGAUGCCUAUAAACUCUCCCGCCUGCCCCUGCAUACGCUCACCUCGUCCACCCCCGUGGUGCUGGUGAGGAAGGACGACCUGCACAGAAAGAGACUGCACAACACGAUAGCACUCGCUGCCCUGGUGUACUGUGUAAAGAAGAUCUAUGAACUCUAUGCUGUAUGACUUCAGCAGGGAAGAGAGAAACCCACAAAGACAAGUGUAUUAAGACUCCCACAGUAACAUUUUGUUUUUCCUCUUUGAGAAGCAGUGGAGACUGGGAAGGAUUUGGUUUAAUAGAGCUGUUAUUUUUCAAAUAACAAAUCACUGGUGCACCAAGGUUUUUCAGUUCUUCGUUACACUUGAGAUGUGGAUGUGUGAUGACUUGAGAUCCGUAUGUUAGGCCAGGGGAGUCCAAUCCAGCAGCGGAAUGUGGAUGAAAUAAAGCAAUAGAAAGAGGGGGUGUGAGAGCUGCUUUUUUUUUUUUUUUUUUGGAAACAAUUAAGUAUAUUGUUUAAUUGUAUUACACAGAACCAGCCAGAAGUUAUCAUUGACCAUUAAAGGAUGAGAAUUUC